UAGGAACCGAGGACUGAGGUGUCGACUGUCGAUACGCGAUAUUUUUCCUUAUUCAAUUUAAUUUCAGUUCAGUCUCGUUUCAUUGACGUUCCCCUUGUUUGUAAAUAAUCACCACUGGAAAUAAUACGCAAUGUGAAAUUACGCGCAUUCCUCAAUCGGGUGCACAUUACGUAAACUCGCUAUCGAUGUUAAUUAACUAUGUUACAAUAAGUUCCUAACCUAGAGGAAGAGUUGUUGAUUUGUGUUGUUUGAUAAACAAAUGUGAGAUAAUGCCGCCGUUUAGAAGAAAGAAGACUGCCAAGUCGUUCCCAGUUAAAGUGUGCACUCUGGACGCGGAAUUGGAAUUCAACCUUGAGUGGAGAGCAACUGGCAGGGAUUUAUUUGACCUGGUGUGUAGGACCAUAGGGUUGAGGGAAACAUGGUUUUUUGGACUCCAAUUUGAGGACACAAAACAUUUUAUAAGCUGGCUGAAGUUGGAUAAAAGAGUGCAAGACCAGUGUGUGUCCCAAAUGCCAGGGACCCCUUUUAUGCUGUUGUGCAAGCUGUACCCAGAAGAUGUGGCGGAAGAGCUGAUCCAAGAAGUGACCCAGCAUCUGCUGUUCCUGCAGGUCAAGCAAGCCAUCCUCAGCAUGGACAUCUACUGCCCUCCUGAAGCCUCUGUGUUACUGGCCAGCUAUGCGGUUCAGGCUAAGUAUGGCGAUUACGAUGAAAGCGCCUAUAAACCUGGCAUGCUAGCCAGCGAAGACCUACUGCCCCAGCGAGUGAUAGACCAGUACCAGAUGACUCCCGAGAUGUGGGAAGAAAGAAUCAAAAUAUGGUAUGCGGACCACAAAGGCAUGUCACGAGACGAGGCUGAGAUGGAGUAUCUGAAAAUAGCACAGGAUUUGGAUAUGUAUGGUGUCAACUAUUUCGCUAUUAAUAAUAAGAAAGAAACAGACCUAUAUCUAGGAGUGACAGCAUUAGGCCUCAAUAUAUACGAAAAGGAUAACAAAUUGACGCCAAAAACCACCUUCCCGUGGUCGGAGAUCAAGCACAUAUCAUUUGACGACAAAAAGUUUGUCAUCAAGUUUGUGGAGAAGACUGUCACUAACUUCAUAUUCUUCUCUCCCAAGGGAAUGAAUAAACUGAUAUUGGAUCUGUGUAUCGGUAACCAUGACUUGUACAUGCGGCGCCGGAAACCAGAUACUAUGGAGGUUCAACAAAUGAAAGCGCAGGCGAAAGAAGAGAAACAGCGUCGUCAAAUAGAACGCAACAAGCUAGCCCGCGAAAAACAAUUGCGAGAGGCCGCGGAGAGGGAACGAGCUGCCAUGGAGCAGAGACUGCUGCAGUACCAGGAGGAGAUACGACUGGCCAACGAGGCGCUCCGUCGCUCGGAAGAAACGGCGGAAUUAUUAGCGGAGAAAGGGAGAGUGGCCGAGGAAGAAGCGUCCUUGUUGGCGCAGAAGGCCGCCGAUGCGGAGAGAGAGAAUGCGCGGUUACGGCUCUCCGCCAUUAGGACUGAAGAAGAAAAAGUACAUUUAGAACGUAAAACAAGAGAAGCAGAGUUCCUAACGGCGCGACUAGUAGAAGAGUCAGAGAAGCGCGCGGCUGAAGCGGAGAGACUGAAGGCGGAGUUAGUGUCGGCGAGAGUAGCAGAGAAGCAGGCCAAAGAGAAGCUACUCAAUUUCCUCAGUAGGACAUCCAACGGUUCUCUACCUCCCCCCCCACCGGUGCCCAUAUCAUUGUUCCCAUCGACGUGCUCUCUGCCGGCCGAGUUGGGCGAGACUGCGGGUACCACCUGCGGCGGCACCAGUGACGGAGAACUGAAUUCCUACCAGCUCGUGCCGGAUGACUCCGACCCUCACAUGCACAGGCUCUCGCUGGAGAUUGAGAAGGAGAGAGUGGAGUACCUGGCCAAGUCCAAACAUCUCCAACAACAGUUAGACGAACUCCGCUGCGAGUUCUCAGUGCUACGCGUGGAGCAAAACGGCGCCACGCUCGACCGGCUACACGAGGCACAAGCGCGCGCGGGCGACGACAAGUACAGCACGCUGCGGAAACUGAAGCAAGGCUCCACCCGGACCAGGGUCGCCUUCUACGAGGAGCUGUGAGAUAGUACUGGAUUACUUUGGAGUACUGGAUAGUUUCAAAAUUGUAUAUGAUUUAAUAGCAAUACUGAGCAGCCAAUCACAAAGUCCUACAAAAUAUAUUGAGAUAUAUUCAAUCAAAAUAUUUCUA